AUGGCUUGGUAUGGCAAUAACUGGACAGGCAAGUAUCUAUUUCUUUUAUUUCUUUCUUCUAUACGUCUUUUGUCUGUAUAUUGCGAUUUAAUGCCCAAUGGAAUAGAAGAUACCAUUAUUAAAGUGAUGGGAGUCACUACUGCUGAAUAUGAUCUGCUUUUCUCUGUUUCAUCAUGGCCAAAUAUAUUCCUUUGCAUAGUUGGAGGGAUACUAAUUGACAAGUUGGUGGGAUUGAGAUUGGGGCUGCUCAUUGUUGUCAGUUGUGUCUUAUUGGGUCAGAUACUAUGGGGUGUUGGAGGACUCUGUGAUAAUUACUUCACUAUGAUUGCUGGACGAUUCUUUAUUGGAGCUGGGUAUGAGUUAGUUGUAGUUAUUUCUAAUGGUUUUAAAGCAAUCUGGUUCAAGGACAACCUACCACUUGCCAUUUCAAUUGAUGUUGCAUGCAGCAGAAUAGGAGGAACUUUAGCCAUACUUCUUCCUCAGUUAAUAUAUGACAAUCUCUCAAUAUUUCAUCGCCCAACUUUUAGACUAGGAAUCACACUACUCACUGCUGCCGUAUCAAUGAUAAUUGGGCUAAUAUUCACUUUUAUAGUGUUUUGUAUGGACUACAACAGAGAAAAGGUAAUUGAAAGACCACCAAAACCAGCAGUUCAUAAAGUCAGUAUUCUAAAAAAUAUGAAACAGUUUUCUAUACUAUUUUGGUUGACUACAGCUAUCAAUAUGGUCUACUUUGCAGUGUUGUAUUCAUUCGUAGGAAAUGGUCAAGACUUUCUUACGCAAAAAUAUGGCCUAUCAAUUGAUAUAGCAAAUUUAGGUAAUAGCAUGUUGUUUGGUGGAGCAAUCAUAUUCAUACCAAUUGUUGGGUUUUUUACAACUAAGAUUGGCUUUCGAUUGUAUUGGUUGCUGUCAUCACUUGUAAUAACAAAUCUCCCAGCUUUAUUAUUAUUUAUGUUCAGCAAUGGAGACAGUUACAUUCCAUUCAUAGCAGGAAUGUUGUUUUCUCUCUCGUAUUCUAUUAUUGGGCCAUCACUCACAGCUCUACCAGCUUUUAUAGUCAAUAAGGAAUUUAUCACUACAGCUUAUGGUAUUCAAAAGAGUUCUUUUAACGCUUCCUUUUCAUUACUGGCAUAUGUCACUGGUGUAACUAUUGAUACUCUUGGUUACUUUGCUUUGCAGGGAUUAUUCAUACAUUGUAUUACCUUUUGUAUUGAUUUGACAUUUAUUAUGAUCUUCAUUGAUAGUGCUUCUGAAAGCCCAAAGCUUAAUGUUCCUGGACUGUGGCUCAAUAAAAAGAAAGAAUCUACUAUUUAA